AAAAGCUGAUGUUGACAAACAAUUUGCGCAUUUAUUUUUCUAUUUCCCUUUAGAAAUUUAUCUCAAACUCGAGUUUUACACAGUUUAUGGAGUUUUAUAUUAUUAAAUUGAGGGUGGUCUUGCAACUGAAUUUACAAUAGCAUAGAAAAUGACAUCAACUGAUAAUAGCAUUCGUCAUAGCAAGCACUCUAUACCAACUGAUAUAUUGGAUGAUCUUUGCAGCCGUUUUAUAAUUAAUCUGCCUCCUGAAGACAGGGGUAACCUUGUAAGGAUCUGCUUCCAAAUAGAGCUGGCCCACUGGUUCUACUUAGACUAUUAUUGCACUGAUGAGUCGAAUAGACUGAACCCUUGCGGCAUAAGAGAUUUUGCAGCACAUAUUUUUCAGCAUGUGCCACAGCUACGAGAGCACAUAAGAAACCUUGAUGAAGUUCUGGUCAACUGGCGCGAGUAUAAACAAACUGUACCCACAUAUGGAGCCAUCUUACUGGACAGUGACUUGACUCAUGUGCUACUGGUGCAGUCCUAUUGGACGAAAGCUUCCUGGGGCUUCCCUAAGGGGAAGGUUAAUGAGGAUGAGGAGCCCUGGAAAUGUGCUGCCAGAGAGGUUCUAGAGGAAACCGGUUUCGAUAUCACCGGCCUAAUAAAUAAACAAGACUACGUCGAAGCGAUGAUCCACGAUCAAAUAGUCCGCCUUUACAUAAUCGGCUAUAUACCACGCGACACAAAGUUCCAACCGAGAACUAGGAACGAAAUAAAAGCGUGUGAGUGGUUCCCGAUAGCUGAUCUACCCGCGAAUAGAAAAGAUAUGACGCCAAAAGUCAAAAUGGGGGUCGGCCCGAACGCGUUUUUCAUGGUGCUGCCAUUUGUCAAGCGCAUGAGACGCUGGGUUUCGGAACGAAAACAAAAGAUAUUUAGGCGAACACGGCACAAGUCUAUGGGCGAAAUAGAGUCCUGUAAGGGUAAAAACAAACCCAUCUCACAAGGUUUAGAGAACGAGAUACAUGAGUACCAACAGAAUUCUGACCAGAAAUACAAAAAUAACCAUGGGAACCAUUCGAAUACAAAGAACGGCAACACUGCCAACGGGAACAGAAAAAGCGGGAAAAUGGCGAAACGUCAACUAUUUACGCCUCAGAAUACGCACACUAGUAACUUUUCUCCUGUCAACAAAGAUAAUAGUCCGACGAACGAAUCCGAGGAAACUUCUUACGUUAUGAAUUUCGUGGCGCCAUCUUGGUCGAAUUUCAAGUUUGACAGACGCGCCAUCUUGGAUUGCCUGAGUUGAAAUUAGUUAUUGUAUUAAUUAGGUUUGAUCUCAAAGUUCAGGCACUCUGCAAACGAAGACACUUUUUUAUCAUCACGGGACAGCAACAAAUUCAUGUUUUUUUAUUUCAUCAUCAUCCUCAGACUAAUAGUUCAGAGUAAUGCUUCACUAUUAUCUCAGAGGAACGAGAUAUUUAUAGCUUUACCCUCAAUGUUGUUUAACUCUGAGUUAGCUUUGUAAUUAGCAACCGACUGCUUAACUUGCUCUCCGAAGCACGGGGAUGUACAACUCCAAUUUUCUCACUCCCAGAUGGUAAUGAGAAUUUGUAGAAAUCAAAACCGAAUUCCUAUCAAAAAAAAUAUUCUAACGUAUAAUCUUAUAAUACUUGAUGGACCUUCCUGUAAAACAACUGAAAACUAAAUAGUGGAAACAGUUCCAACGAUGGUGUCUACGUGUGCGGAAAGUUUGCAGAUUUGAAUAACUUUUCUUGAAAAUGUCGUUAUUGAAAAUAAAUUUUUGACGUAGUU